UUUUUGUAAAUAAAACGAUGAGUCACUUUUAUUCUAGAAACAACCUGUUAUUUCUAACGUGCGUGAGGCACACGCAUGUUCCUGACUCCACAUGACACUGCUCAUACUGAAAUUAUGUAGGAACAUUUACUAGAUUAUUUUCCUGAUAAGAAUUUAUUUUCAUGCAAAGUACUGACUUUGACACAUAAUACCACUAUUUAAAAUAAUAAAUCUAUACCUUUAAUCAUGGAUUUUUCUUUUGCAAAUGUACAUAUUUUUAACUGAUAAUAUCCCAGGGUUUUAUUUUAAAAAAGAAAUGAAUGUAGCAUUGAAUAUAAAUAGAAGAGGUAACUAAAUUUGACACAAUAUUGUGCGUGAAAUGUACUAACCAUGCUUUUACUUUGAAAGGUUUGCCGGAAACUUGCUAGCUUGGCACUUGCUAAUAUGAUUCUUACGCUGUAGCAAACGUUUAUUCUAGAUGCGACAGAGUCUUUUAAAUUUAUUAAUCAGCAAUAUUGUAACAGAAUGUAUAGAUAUAUAUAUAUAUUUUGUAAAUCUGGUCGCAGCUCUCUGGAAAACGGAAACGCCAGCCUCCGUAACGUUGACGACUCUGACAGACUCCGUUGUUUUCCAUCCACAACUACGGUCUCGACAUUUAUGUAUUUACAAAAAAAAAGAUGUCUUGCACAGUCCUGCCAUCAGUGAGAAACACGUUUCUUUAGUUUGUAUGGGAGAGGAUGGACGCCCCUUUCUCUAACCAGGGUCAGUCUUCCCUCCAUCAGUGGGUAACCCAGACUGGCUGGUCUACAGCUGAGCCUCCAGAACCGUUCUGUAAUCCUCUGCCCAUCUUUCAUCAACUCACCUUGGAUUCAGUCCCUGAUCAGAUCCACAUCUACAACCAGCUGCAGGCAUCUGGAAAUGACCCACAGGACGACUCGGUCGGAAGGAACGCUCACCACAGCUUGCAGCACAUCAGUGAUGCUGAUCAGAACGUGCAGCAAUGUUUUUCUGAUGCAGUUUCAGCUGCAAACCGAGGACAGAGUUUAUCUUCUCCUCCACUUAUGAAUGAACAGUUUCAGCCUCUCAACCCCCAGCAGAUGACACUGUACUCCCCCUGUAGCCCCCGCCGGAUAGGAUCCUCUCCACUCCAGUUUCCACAGGGUACGCUGAAUGCACCACAGUCCAGCCAUCUUCCUGGACAACACGUACACCCGAGUCCACAAAGUGUCCCCCAGCCUGAAUUUGAUGGUGCAAAUGUGGGUUCUGUUGGAUAUGGUCAUAGACGCCCCCCCACGUCUCCCAACCAGCCGCAGCCUCAGUGGAUGUCUUCAGCUCACUCUAGAGGAACCAUAAACACUUCAGCAUCACAGGAAAGAAUUAUGACACCACAGUCUCCCAGCUCAGAGUCCCGUUACGGUCUGGACCCCAAACUGUUACCCAGCGCUGUGAAGGUGAUGGAAGAGGACGAGGCAGAGUGGGGGGGUAAAGUCUUCGUCUCAGAGCAUUUCUCCCGUCUCCCUCCUUUGGCCACAACUCCGUGUCUCGUGGAGGAUAAAGGUAACGCAAGUCCGUUAGCUAUCCGCUGCACCACCUACUGCGUGCCUUGUGAGGGUCAGACCAUGCUGCUCAGCCGCCUGCCACUGGGAGCACUGGUUACCCCGCUGGCUCGACACAAUCCUGAUGAGAAUCUCAUCCCUUCAUGCGAAGCUGCGGACGUUGUCGUGGGCUGCUGUUGGUGCGGCGCUUCCAUGUGUCCGGCCAUGAGCUGGCAGGACUGUGGACAAAGGUUUCACUGUCCCUUCUGUGGGAAAGUGAGCCAAGUGCCGCGGCGCCUCUUCCAGCCCACCGGCGGGGUCGGGGGGACCCGCGUGGACAAAGACAGGAGACCUGAACUCAGUUUGGGCUCGUAUGAAAUCCUCCACUCUGAGAAGCAUGCGCCCGCUGCAUUGCUCCUCGCCGUAGACGUGUCCCCCGCAGCGCUCAGAGGAGGACACGUGGAGUUCGUAACACAACAAAUACACACGUUACUCUCCUCUCUGAAGCAGGACGCGGACGUGCGUGUCGGAUUGAUGACGUACGACAGCAGGGUCCACCUGUACGACCUCAGCCCCGACCUGUCCCGCCCUCACAUGAUGGUCGUCACAGAAACGGAGGACCUGCAGCUUCCUGUGAGGGAGGGGCUUCUGGUGUCCCUCAGAGACUGUGCAGAGAGUUUGGACUGUGUUCUGCAGUUCCUUCCUGAGUUCGGCGCAGACGGCGAUGACUCCGAUGACGUUCCCCUAGAGCUUCCCGUUAGAGCCGGACUAGCUGUGCUGCAGGGCCUGAAGUGUCCCGGGAAGCUGCUGAUCUUCCAUUCUGCUGCUCUGAUAGAAACAGGAAACACAAACUCCUCCUCAGGGUUCUUUGGCACCAGCAGACCAAAGUCCAUCUUUCAGCCAUCCGAGGAAGCCGUCUCAUUGGCUAAGGACUGCGUCAGUCAGGGAUGCGGCGUUCACCUGUUUAUCCUCUCCCAGCAAGAUGUGGGUGGGGCGUGGCCGGGACACAUUCCAUAUCUUACAGGCGGUGCCCUGUACACCUACAGCUACCUCCAGGGCGAUUUGGACAGAGAGCGUUUCGGCGCCGAUCUGAAGCAGGUUGUGGCGACGGACACCGGCUACAAGGCUGAGCUCAGAAUAUUUGUCAGCAAAGAUUUACGUGUGUCUGGUUGCUACGGGCUGUUCGUACCCGGCCCUAGUCCUGCACAUGUUACCAUGGCGACCCUGGAGAGGAGGACGACGCUGGCUGUAGAGCUCACACACACCAGAGCUCUGGAUGAGACGAGAGGUGCAGCCAUACAGGCCGUUUUAUCCUACAGCUCCCAGACGGGAGAAAAGCGGAGCAGGGUUCACACUCUGACCCUGAGAAGCUCGCGCCGCCUACAGGACACGUUCAGGAACUACCAGGCCCAAACUCUGCUCGCCUUCUACUGCAAAAAGAUGUACUGUUCAGCCUCAGAGCGCCCCCUGCAGGAGCUGAGGGAGGAGCUGCAGACAGAAGUAACAGAAGCUUUGGCGUGCUACCGUAAACAUGGCUGCUCGUCUUCAGCGUCUGCUGGGCAGUUGGUUCUCCCCCAGUUCCUGCGAGCUCUUCCUGUUUACAUCAACAGCCUGAGGAAGAGCGAGGUGCUGCUGCCGGGCCUGAGGAGCUCCGUCCACCAGAGGCUGCAGCAGCGCUGCCAGGUGCUCAGCCUCGACACCUGCAGCACCGUCAGACACUUCUACCCGCUGCUGCUGCCUCUGACACUUCCUGUGGAGCGCUCCAACCCUCAGAAGCCAGAGGGGGCCCUGCGCUGCUCUGCUGCCAGCCUGGAGCCCAGCGGACUGUAUCUGAUUCAUGCACCUCUCACCCUGCUGCUGUGGGUGGGCAGCCAAGUCCCAGCAUGCACUCUGGGUGAGCUCUUCAACACCAGCUGCUUUUCCUCUCUGCCAUCUGGAGAGGUGAAGCUGCCGGCUCUAGAAAACUCUCUCUCCGUCGGGGUUCGAUCCCUCCUCAGCACGUUGACCUCCCAGGUGCCCUUUGCUCGAAAGUUGCUGGUGGUGAAGCAGGGAGACACCUGUGAGGAGGCCCUGCAGCGCCACCUGGUGGAAGACAAGAGUCCCAACGGAGGAGCGAGCUACGCAGACUUCCUGUAUCACCUCCACAUCAACUCUGUCCGGCUGCUGCAGUGAUGCACACACACACACACACACACACACACACACACACACACACACACACACACACACACACACACACACACACACACACACACACACACACACACACACACACACACAGGUGGUUCAUUUGAUCUACUGUAACAGUUUAUUCAAAAAAUAUCAAAGAGAAAACAGAAAGAAGGAAUGUAAAAUAAUAAUAAUAAUAUCAAUAAUAAUAAUAAUAAUUAUUAUUAUUAUAGUAAGAGUUUAUUAUAACAUGGAACUUUAUUUCUUGUGUGUUUUUAUUUAUUUUAUCUGCUACUGAUUUAUUCUUUUACCACGAUGAUCGCCUGAGCUCUGUCUCAGAUCGAGUGUGUGUGUGUGAGUGUGUGUGUGUGUUACUAAUAAACAGAAUUUAAUCAA